ACUUCCGGUUUGAGUGGGACUACUGACUAACUUUACGCAGUUUUUAAAGCGUGGGGCGUCUGCUGGCACUUUGUUCUGUCCGAGGCACGUUCAUCAGCUGGUAUCAUGGUUUACGACGUGAAAGAUCUGGAUGAGUUCCAGAAAAUCCUGAAUGACGCUGGAGACAAGCUGGUGGUGGUGGACUUCACAGCCGAGUGGUGUGGCCCCUGCCAAAUGAUGGCCCCAAUUUUUGUUGAGAUGUCAGAGGAGCCUGUCAACGCAAACGUGAUUUUCCUGAAGGUGGACGCAAAUGAUGGCAAGGAUGUGAAGUCCUUCUAUAAUGUCACCCGCAUGCCCGCAUUUCACUUUUACAAGAAUAACCAGAAGGUGUAUGAGUUCACUGGUGCUGAUGAAGCUCAGCUACAUCAAAAAGUGAGAGAGCUCAGAUGAGAUGUCCCGUGAACACGCGUACACUGAGAAAAAACCUCCCCACCAAAAACAAAAUGUGCCUCACAUUAUUUUCGGUAUUACUGUGUUACUCCUGACAAUGAAGUCUGUCCCGCACAGUCAAUAAUAUAUCCACAUAUCUUGUAACAGGUUAAUGUCCCUGUCUUAACAACAGGCUGCAAUAUGAAGCUGCUCAGUACUUUUAAUUCCGUUUUUAAUGACAGUUUGACUGUGAUCCUGAAUUACUUUGUAUGUGUUGUGUUCAAAAAGUUUAAUAAAUGAAUUAUGAAUGGAC